GAAGUGAAAUAAAUAAAAGAAGUGAAAUAAAUGAAAGAAGUGAAAUAAAUGAAAGAAAUGAAGUAAAUGAAAUAAAAAUGGAAAUAAAAGAAGAAGAGAAUGCGAAGGAGGAGAAAAUGGACGUUCUCUACAAAAAAUUAAACGACGGAAAAUUCACUUGUGACAUUUGUCAAGCGACUUUUCCCCAAAAGAGCAAAAUGCUCCGUCACCUAAAAGGCAAACACAGUUUUCACAGACCCUUCAAAUGCUCCCUCUGUCCAAAGGCCUUCAAAUACAAAUGCGAUCUAAAAUCUCAUCGUCUCGUUCAUCAGGACCUCGAUUCAAAUUCAAUGCAUUUUUGCGAUAAAUGUGACUAUCGUUCAAAAACAAGAAACAAUCUCAAAGCCCACUACAUCCGCAAGCACACCGAAGAUUAUAAAUAUUUCUGCGAACAUUGUGGAAAAAAAUUCAAAAUGGAAUGGGAUUUGAAAUUCCACCUCGGCACUCAUGGUUCAUUGCAGCAUAUGUGCGAUAUUUGUGGAAAAUUCUACACCAGCAAUUAUUCACUCUACAAACAUCGUAAAGUGACGCACUUAAAUAAUUACAAAUUUCAAUGUUCAAUUUGCAAUAAACGAUUAUUGACGCAAAAGAAUCUCGACAAUCAUAUGAAGCAGCAUCAGAAAACGUACGAUUGCAAGGAGUGUGGAAAGAAUUUCUCAUCGAAAAGAUAUCUUGCCUCGCACGCAACAAUACACACGGAAAUAAAACCAUUCAAUUGUCAUGUGUGCGAUAAAACAUUUCGAACUGCACACUUGCGAAAUGUUCAUCUCUACACUCACAGUGAACAUCGGCCGUAUAUUUGUGAUCUAUGCGGACAAAGUUUCAAGAGACGAUACUAUAUGAUGGAGCACAGGAAAAAGCAUCCCGACUCUCAUCUAUCAUCGCCUCCGAUUCCCCUCGGCAGUGACAGUUGUCCAAAAUUCAUCAAUAUUUAAUUUUUGUACUUUUUUCUUUUUCAUUCAAAUUCGAAAAGAAAAUUUUAUUCGAACAAAAAUAGAAAUUGUUUUUAUUGAUAAAUCAGGGCUCGAACUAGGUCCGUAAAUCCUUU